GCUCGUCUUCGCGGAGUUCUUGUGGAGGACUCGUCCUUGCGGGGAGGAGUGGUCUGGAUCGCUUGUGCUCGGCGUCGCCCUGAACGCAGCACCGUCGCUCAACGCAACACGAGCCGACGGAGCCGGAGAGAGAAAUCCACGAAUCCGAAUUCGAGCCGCGUUCUCGGGCUAUGUCAGCCCAGUGACCGCCGAGUGCAGACGGACGAAAGGCGCAGCCCCCUUUGCCGCCUCGACCAUUUGGGCCGCCCUGCCUCCUUCCAAACAUGUCAACGCAGGCCAAAGUGAAGAAGGACAAAGAGAUCAUCGCCGAAUAUGAAAGCCAAGUCAAAGAGAUCCGUAAUCAGCUGGUGGAGCAGUUCCGUUGUUUGGAGCAGCAGUCGGAAUCCCGCCUUCAGCUGCUCCAGGACCUGCAGGACUUCUUCCGCCGGAAGGCCGAGCUCCAACUGGAGUUCUCCAGAGGCUUGGAUAAACUCGCGGAGCGCUACUCAUCCAAGAUCCGCACUUCCAGAGAGCACCAGCAUUUCAAAAAGGACCAAAAUCUCCUGUCCACCAUCAACUGCUGGUACUUGGUCCUGGACCAGACCCGGCGGGAGAGCAGAGACCACGCCACACUCAGCGACAUCUACAACAACAACGUCAUUGUCCGUCUGACGCACGUGGGCGACGAUGUCCUCAGACUUUUCAAAAAGAGCAAAGAUAUUGGCGUGCAGAUGCACGAGGAGCUUGUAAAAGUCACCACUGAGCUCUACACUGUGAUGAAGACGUACCACAUGUACCACACGGAGAGCAUCAGCGCCGAGGGCAAGCUGAAGGAGGCCGAGAAGCAGGAGGAGAAGCACAUCGGCAAGGCCAACGACAUCAGUGCCGCCUUGCUGCGAUACGGUCACGACGAGCGACCGCAGCGACGGAGCUCGGUGAAGAAAAUGGAGAAGAUGAAGGAGAAGAGACAAGCCAAGUAUUUUGAAAACAAACUCAAAUGCACAAAAGCCCGCAAUGAUUAUCUUCUCAAUCUGGCAGCCACCAACGCCUUGGUGGCAAAAUAUUACAUCCACGAUGUGUCCGAUAUGAUAGAUUGUUGCGACAUGGGGUACCACGCGAGCUUGACGCGGACCCUGAGAACCUACCUGUCGGCCGAAUAUAGCCUAGAGACCUCUCGGCACGAGGGGUUGGACGUUCUGGAAGGGGCGGUGGACGCCAUGGACGUCCGAGGAGACAAGCACAAGUUCAUGGACGCCCACUGUCAGAUGUUCUGUCCUCCCGCACGCUUUGACUAUCAGCCGCACAUGGGGGACGAGGUUUGCCAGGUGAGCGCACAGCAGCCUGUCCAGACGGAGCUCUUGAUGCGCUACCAGCAGCUUCAGACUCGCUUGGCAACCCUCAAGAUAGAAAACGAAGAGGUGAGAAAGACCCUGGACGCCACCAUGCAGACCCUCCAGGACAUGCUCACAGUGGAGGACUUCGACGUGUCCGAAGCCUUUCAGCACAGUCAGUCCACCGAGUCGGUCAAGUCGGCCUCGUCGGACUCCUACAUGAGCAAGGCCAACAUCUCCAAGAGACGAGCCAAUCAGCAGGAGACCGAGGGCUUCUACUUCACCAAAUACAAAGAGUACUUGAACGGCAGCAACCUUAUUGUCAAACUUCAAGCCAAGCAUGACCUUCUGAAGCAGACGCUGGGAGAAGGGGAGAGGGCUGAAUAUGGAACAACAAGGCCCCCCAUACUUCCCCCUAAACCUCAGAGAAUACGGAAGUCUAGACCUCGCUCCGUUUUUAGGCGUAAGCUGUUUAACGGCAAUCUGGAGGCCUUCAUCCAGGACUCAGGGCAGCCCAUACCAGUGGUGGUUGAGAGUUGCGUCCGAUACAUCAAUCUCUAUGGUCUUCAGCAACAAGGUAUAUUUCGAGUUCCGGGAUCCCAAGUGGAAGUCAACGAUAUUAAAAAUGCAUUUGAAAGAGGAGAGGAUCCGCUGGUGGACGAUCAGUCAGAUCAUGACAUCAACUCUGUGGCCGGGGUCCUUAAGCUCUAUUUCAGGGGUCUGGAGAAGCCGCUGUUCCCGAAAGAGCAUUUCCUCGACCUCAUAUCCACCACGAAGCUAGACUUUGGUUUCGAUCGAGCUCAUCACCUUCAGCAGAUCGUUGCCACUCUCCAGCAACCCGUGGUCGUCGUCAUGCGAUACCUGUUUGCCUUCUUAAACCAUCUAUCGCAGUACAGCGACGAAAACAUGAUGGACCCUUACAACCUGGCUAUUUGCUUCGGCCCCACACUGAUGCCGAUACCGGAGGACCAGGAUCCCGUGGCCUGCCAGGCGCACGUUAAUGAGGUCAUUAAGACCAUCAUCAUCCACCAUGAGGCGAUAUUCCCAGCCCAGCGUGAUUUGGACGGACCAGUGUAUGAGAAGUGCAUGGCUGGAGGUGAAGAAUACUGUGAGAGCCCACACAGUGAUGCCGGUGCUCUUGAUGAGGUGGACAACGGUACCGGGCCCAACACCAGCGAUGAUGAGCUGGAGCAGAUAGAAGCCAUCGCCAAGUUCGACUACGUGGGCCGAAGUCCCAGGGAGCUUUCCUUCAAGAAAGGAGCGUCUCUUUUACUCUACCUGCGGGCUUCUGAGGACUGGUGGGAGGGUCGACAUAACGGCGUGGACGGACUCAUCCCGCACCAGUACAUUGUGGUGCAGGACAUAGAUGAGGCAUUCUCUGAAAGCAUUCGGAGAACUGACAGCGAGACCAGCAGUGGAUUCCACGAGGACCGAUCCUCAUCCAGACAUGAGCACCAGUCUUUAUCUGAACACCCUCUCGAACGCCGCUAUGGGCCACCACUGGCAAGGGCCAGAGUGAGGUCGGAUGGCGCUCCACUUCAGCGCCACAGGAACAGCGACGGCCACAGCCCCACCAGAUCCGCCGACGGGCCCCCGAGGGUCGCGCCUCGGCCCUGCAGCCCUCACAAAAUAGCCGUGACCAGGGGUCUGAUAGACAGCCCGGAGAAGCGCCGACUGGCCACGUUCGGGGCCGCCGGGCAUCCUCAGCGGUCAUCUCCCGUCACAAGUCGUCACACGAGCGUGGGGGACCACAAAGCCCUGGAGGCGGAAGCGCUCGCCGAGGAUAUAGAGAAAACAAUGAACACAGCCCUCCAUGAGCUGUGCGAGCUGGAGCGGCAGAAUGUUGCCAAACACGCUCCCGAUGUGGUCCUGGACACGCUGGAACCUCUCAAACACCCCGGAGGUGGCCAGGACGUACCCGGGAGCCCCCUGCACACCAUGGUCAUCAGAGAUCCCGAGGCGGCCCAGCGGCGGAGCAGCAGCAGCUCCUCUUCGGAAACCAUGACCACGUUCAAACCCGCCCUGGCGGUGCGCAGGCCCAACGCGCCCGUCAGACCGCCCCCCGUCAGACCGGUCCGGCCGGCGCCCGUGCUCACGCAGGGCCAGGGGCCGCACCGUUCCAGCAGCUCCAGUUCGUCGGGUCUGGGCAGUCCGGGCAUGACUCCCACUGACAGGGUUUUCCCCAAAGCUCCUUCCCCUUCGCCAUCCACUUCGUCGUCCUCCUCAGACAAACAGGGUAACAUAUAGUAGCACCAGUCAGACCCGAAACGAGUAUUGCACAACAAAGUCUGAUCGCCUUCACUCAAACCCGAAACAGCACCUAAUCUUUAGUUGGUCACGCCAACUGCUGGUUCUUCUCAAAUCUCCACUCACACCUUAACUUAAUCAGUCAACGAUACACUUACAUAGCACAGAUGCUGAAUUUAAAAUGGAUGCACUGGAAAAUGCUUUUGUUGGCCAACAAUAUGGACCAAGUCGGUGACUUUAUUAGGGUGCAAAUGUGCUGUGAGCUGGAACUUUUUGCACCCUCGCGGGUAGCACACCACUUAGGUCGUUUGCUAAACUUUUGCGGACGUACUGAUUUGAUUAAAGGUAGCUAGUGUGAGGCUCAAUAGGACUUUUGUGCACGGUGUAACGACGUUUGCUGAAACUGCCGCGAGCACAUCAGGACGCUGCAGAUUCAAUGCAGUCAUGCGUUGGAGUUGUGGCUCCCUCCAGUGGUAGCGGCCAAUACUUAAAUUGUAUCUCCAUAUGGAUGGCAGCUGAAUACUUUUUUACACAACAAAGCAUUCUUAGAAGAAAAAAAAAAGUGCAACAUUUGUAGAAAAAAAUUAUUUAAUGCCAUUAAUAAAUUUAUGAUGGACGCAAUCCCAGUAAAAAAAAAAAAAAAAAAAAAGCGUUUGUUUGAUUUUCCUCAAGGGCAGUUGCUAACAUGUGCGGUGUAGAUCCCUCAAUUGUGGCCUUGAAUUUUAAUGGAAGCCGCGUUUCAACUCUUCCAACUCAAAGACGUGAACGUCUCUCCCAAUAUAAAUGGUCGUCGGUCUUGAUAUAAUGAAGGAAUAGGUCACUUUAUUUGUGAGGAAAAACUUGGAUUUGCAAUGUUACUCCCAAAAUCACAGUUGGGGAGGUACCUCGGUUUUAAGAUCACAGGGCAGUCAGAUAGGUAUAAAAAAGCAAGAUCAGCUGCUUAUUUUUUGCUUAUCACUUCAAAGAAAAUUUACAAGAGUCUAAAAAAAUCCUUUAGCUUUAGAAAAGCGCAGACGUUUUUAUUUGAGGACAAUGAGCGAUCUUGACAAGUGCAAAUGUAACAAACUGAAUUAUGACUUCUCAACAUGCUAGCCAUGAAAUCUAUUCGCCAGAGGGUGCGCUGUCCCAUGUUUUUUUGCAGCAUGGAUGGUGUGGCUAGAGCGCGAGAUAUUUCCACAUUUUACUCACCGUAAUUUCCGGCCUACAAGCUGCAACUUUUUUCAUACGCUUUCAACCCUGAGGUUUAUCAGUGAUGCGGUGGUAGCGUUAGCACAGUGGUAGCAUUAGCGCAACUGCUUAUUUGCUAGCGUUAAACUCUUUCUGUGUACCAAGGCUUAUAACCAGGUGCGCUCUGUAGGCCGGGAAUUACGGUAGUAUGUUCUGUGUGUGAACCCUAGAAUUGGCCCAACGUCGUUACAUUCUCGCUCCCAAUUUUGCCAGGUUGCAAGGGUUCCCAGGCCACAUCCAAUAAAAUUCACAGGCAAGUAACAACCUUUAACAAAGUCACGAAAACACAUUAAAUGAGCAUUUGGACAAAGACUUCCUCUCAAAAAGAUACUAUAUAGCCUUUAAAUACCCUUUGCUACUAUUUGAGGAAAACUGUACAGUAUAAAUGUUGAAUGCCACUUCUACAUUUUCAAGUUCAGCAUCGAAGUUUGUUGCUUUACGCCAGUUUUACCGUCUCCGCUAGCAGCGCGAUAGCGUGUUAGCAUCGGUGACCUGCCACCUUUGAACUUUUAUUUUUGGACAGACUGACCGAGCACAAUCCAAAUGUUGUACGUUUGUUUGCUAAUAUUCUUCAAAUAGAAACAUCUCUUGAACGUUGGGACUUUGCAAAGGAUUAGCCACACACACCAUUCCUGGAACUUUUACAGAGAAAAUGAAGAAAAUAGCAGUCAUUUAACAACAUAGUUUAAAAAAGAAAUAAAAAUGAACAAAAAAACCAUCAGCAACCUAGUAGACUUCCUGCCAUGAACUAAUGCACUUAAAAACACAGGAAUUGUGCCGCGUCUGUGUUGUUGAUUUUGUAAUAGAAACGUGGUACUAGCACACGAAAUGAAGCUUGGGGCCGUGUCUAGAUCGCACGUAGAGUCUCUUUCGAUGAGCUUGUUUACGCUCGGUGGUCUUUGUCGUCCAUCUCACCGGGAUUAUCAAUAUAUCUUACGUUUGACCUAAUGCGUAUAUGCUGUUAAAAUGAUGACUUGUACAAAUAACAAUGUAUGAUAGGAACAGGAUAUAUUAUCAUCUCUAGUCUGUAGAUUUUUUUUUUUUUGUAACUCUUAUCCUUGCACAACCAUUAAUUAAAGAAUACAUCGG